UUACAGUUAUCAAGAAGGGCACUACACAAAGCUGCCAUCAAUGGUCAAUGCAAAGUCAUCAAAGCACUUCUUGAAAGUGGUGAAGAUGUCGACCAAACAGAUAAGGUCGUUUGCUAAAUCUUCCGGUUUUUCCUGUUUACUUUCCGGUGUCUGUGUUCUUUCUAUUUUGAUAGUUUUGAUUGAUCGGUUAAAACUUUAAGUCAAGGCUUUGCUUCUAUUUUGCAGUUUGGUUCGACGCCCCUUCACCUUGCCGCAUUGUACGGUCAGGGAGCUGUUGUAAAACUCCUGUUACAGCACGGUGCAAAUGUCAAUGCUGUAGAUAGUGUAAGUUGCUGUCCUUUCGUGUCUAUGUAUUUGACAAUAUGUCGAAAAUACUAGUAUCAAUUAUAAGGCACACGGUUUAAUUUUCCAGAGAGUCACAUAUACGUUUCGAAAAUUAUCCGCAGUCAUACUUUUCCCAUUUCUAGGAAUGCUCGUCUUCUAGAGUGGUUUAUAGUAACUGUCUUGUUUUGACCGAGGUGAACUUUUUAUCUCUCAGUUUCAGAAAACAGCUCUACAAAAGGCUGAUCGCAACAAUCACCGAUACGUAGCUGGGCUGCUCAUGAGGAAUGAUGCGACUUUCAAUAACAACCAACCGGUACGGUGAUAAAGUGUACUACGUCCGAGAAUUGUAACCCCACAGAGUGGGAAUAGGUUAAGGCAUUUAGAUCAAGCAAUGCACGUAGUGUGGUUUGUCUCCAGGCCUUUAGCUUCCCAGCUCGCUUCACAGGUGUUAUUUGGUCCUUCUAUUUCCUGUUGUGUUCAUUUGUCUCAGGUUAAUCCUUUAACUACCAGAAGCGAUCAACAUGUAACUUCUCCCUAUAAUAUCCAUGCAUUAUCCACCAAACGGGUCAUGGUAAAACUCAAACUUAUCAGGAAGUUGUUGUCUUGAUCUAAAACCAAAUUCUUGUAACUAAUUUACGAGGAAAUUUAGUAUUGUCAACUGAGUUGAUAACGUAAAUGGGCCACCAUAAAAAGUUAAAAAGUUGAAGUUUUGAGCGUUACCUCUUUUUAAGAGCGUUGUUCCAUCGCUCUGACGAAGGGCUAACUCGUUUGAUAAUACUAAAUUGACCUGUUAAAUUGUCCUACCGACGCAGCACCACAGUUUCUUUAGAAACUUACCCCCUUUAUUAGUUUACAAGGAAAUAUAGAGCAGCUAGAGGGGAGAAUUAACCAUCAGAUCUUGGGAGUUAGAUGGUUAAUUGAUUUGCAUGGCUUUCAGCAAACAGUUAGUUAUUUCCAGUAAAAGCUUUAGUAGUUAUCAACUCCCACUGAUUUUCCCACUCCUUUGGCUCAUUUGGUUGCCUUUGUUUUGUCGAACAUGCGCUACGAAUGUAAAUUUGAAAUAUUCGUAAGAAGUACAGGAUUCAAAUAGAGUACAAUCUUUUUGUCUCGUUCGCCAACGGGCAUGAUACAACAUUACUACGUUCUGAUUUUAACAAUAACCUUCAAGUUAUGGACUAAAUCUUAGCUUGAAAUCUGUGGGGAACUCGUCUUAAUAAAUCAUAGUUAUAUCAGUGUACAACAAGACAGAAACAUUUAGAUGAUCUGAUUAUUUGAAUAAAAUUUUAAUUUAAAAUCAUUUCAUUCAUUUGUAAUAGAUGUUUUCAAUUAGCGCUUUAUUUGUUUCCAUUAUUUACGUUACAUUAUUUUUCAUUACAGCCUAGCCUAAAGUCCCUUUCAAGGAAAGCUUUUUUCCGGGUAGAUGCACGAUCCGGCUUCAAUCAACUGCAGGCGGCUGUAUUUCAUGGCGACUAUAACACAGUUUGGAAUACUCGAUGGUUCCUUGAUGAUCAUGUUUCAGACAUGUAUUGUAAAAAAACAGGAAGCCAAGCAAAGGUAUUUCCUGGAAAAACUGCGUCAGAGAUUCUCUCGGCUCUCCAAGAUAAAGGAGAGGGAUAUGUUAAAAUAGAUAAACUGUACAAAGAACACUGUGAAAAGGUCGAUACAUUAACUGAGCUGCAUUUGUGUCGAGCCGACAAUGAUGUAGAAAAGGCUGUCGAGCUUGUUCUAAACGAGGGUGUGGAUAUAAACACCCCAGGAAAAAGUAACCGUACACCUUUGUUUUGGGCAAGUCCAUCAGCCUCUGGUGAGUUUAUCAAGACCCUCAUUGAUCUUGGAGCUGACCUAAAUGCUCAGAGGACGGACGACAAGGUUGUACCUUUGUGUUUGGCAGUUUAUGGCAACAACUACAUGGCCGUUGACAUCCUUUUAAAGCAUGGAGCCGAUGUGGGUCUUCUAAAUAUCUCAGAAAAUCUGCAAUUGCAUCAAUGUGUAGUUAACGGACAAUUCGGUGUCCUUCGGUUACUAAUUGAUUCAGGAUGCGACAUCAACGUGCGCAACAACAAAGGCCAAUCUCCGCUUUACUUAGCGGUCAAAAAUAAACACAAAUACAUAGUAAAAUAUUUACUUGAAAACAAAGCUGAUGUGCAUAUGAAAUACAAGGAGAACGCAAGUGAGAGAAUUUACAUUGUUCGUGGGAAGGACAGAGGAAAACCAGCCUGGCAUUAUGUCCUAGUAGCGAAAGGUUUAGAGCCCUUGUUCUUAAGGCGCACUAAGGGUGGUAGUCUUGACGUAGCAGACUUUGGACUCGUCCUCAGGAGUGGAUGGGGAAAGGAUCCUCCAGAGGCAGUACGGAAGAAUGUCAAUGAAAUGGGUGAUACCUUUCCUGAAACACAAAGUUCGACCGUUCUUCAUGUUGCCAGCAAAAGUGCCAGUCUCGAGAUUGUAGAUUUGCUUUUGAAACACAAAGCAGAUAUAAACGCCCCUGACGCGGACGGUUUCACACCACUGCAUUUGGCAGCAAUGUAUGGCAACAUUCAAGUAGUUAAAAAACUAGUUGAAACCAACGCUGAUGUCAAUUUGAAAGUCAAUGGAAAGGAUGCGGCUGACUUAGCUCGCAUGAACGAAGAAACAGAAAUUGAGGAGUAUCUUAAACCAAAAAGAAGCCUUCCCGAAAGAGACUCGGAAAGUCAAUCAGCGCAA